AUGCACGACGAGACGGCCACCACCAAGACCAAGACGAGCAUACCGUACCUGCCGGACGAGCUGGUGUCGGAGAUCCUUCCCCGGAUCCCCGUGGAGCCGCUGCUCCGAUUCAGGUCCGUCUGCAAGGCCUGGCGCGGCAUCAUCGACGAGGACUCCUUCCACCGGGAGCACCUCCGCCACCAGACCUCCUCCCUGCUCGUCGCGCCCUGGAUCGGUGAGAACGACGACGAUGGCCCUUUCGCUUCCUCGACCGGAGAGGUGACCGCCGCCGGUUUCUACCAGUGGGAUGGGAAGCAGCAGGACGCUGCCACACUCGUACACGCCAUGCCCAACUACCACAACAAGAUGGAGGCGUUGCACAGCAUGGCACACUGCGAUGGACUGGUGUUGUUGCCCGCUGACGAUACGGUGCACGUAGUUAACCCUGCCACUCGGCGCACCAUCACGCUUCCCCCUACCCCUAACGCCAUCUUUCGAGGUCCUCAUCAGGCGUUCGGUCUUGGCCACGACCCUCGCUCCAAUCCUUACAAGGUUGCUCGCUUGUAUGUCCAUCGGGACAGAUGCACCCCGGGUGGAGACACUGUCAGGAUGGGGGUGUGCACCAUAGGAAAAGGCCUUUGUUGGCGUGACGCGGCGGUAUCGCCGCCGCCGCAUCAUUUCAUGCCAAGGCGAACGGCGACCUUCUUCAAGGGCUCCUUGCUCUGGAUCGUCAAGCAGGUGGUUCCUCACGGUUCACCAGCUGCUCCAUCCUUCAUUCGUUUCAGGUUGGAGGAUGAAUCGUUCAGAAUCGUACGGGCGCCUCCUUGCACUCCGAAGUUGGACUACGAGGCUUCCAGUUUAACCGAGCUCCGCGGGGAGCUGUGUGUAUGCGCACCUCGGGCAGCAUACGAUCACGCGGUUUUUGAAAUGUGA